GUUCUCAGAUCUGCGUUGUCUGUGGUGCCCCACGCGUCGUGCAGCCCCUCCCGCGCACGGAGUGAGAGAGGCAGGCACUGCGGGGCCGCUGCGCAGGUGCAUCUGUCCGGUGGAACCCUGGAAGGUCAGAGCCAGGCCCCGGGCCACACCAGGAGAGUGGGGUGUGUGGGCUGCAUGGUCUUUUCCUGCUGAGCUGUGCUCUGCUCUGGGCAUCAGCAUGCACUUCGGCGCUUGAGGAAAAGCCUCAGAAGCCUGCUCUGCUGGUUGCUGUUGGCAUCUGGGUGAGGAGCUGGUCUGUGCAACCAGGACGGUGCGUGUGGCCCUUGAUGGCAGCCACUUCCUUCAGUUUCAGUGCCGGGGGAGCUGGGCCACUUUUGGGCUGCUGAAGACUGUGCAGUCUUUUUAACUGAUGAAGAACAAGGCUUUGUCUUCCUGUAAUUCUGGAAUGAAGUUGAGUCACCCAACAAGAAAAAACUAAGUCCUGUUAAAAUAUACGCAUUAGUGAUAGAAUGCUGAAACAAGCUCCUGGACUGGCUUCAUUGGCUGUCCUGCUUCUUUUGCAUCCCAAAGCAUAAGCUUAAACCAUCUCAGAAGGACAAGGUCCGCCAGUUUAUGGCAUUUACUCAGACUGGCGAAAGAACCGCCAUCUACUGCCUGACGCAGAAUGAGUGGAAACUAGACCUGGCCACAGACACCUUCUUCCAAAACCCGGACUCGUUCCACCAGGACUCCAUGAGAAACACCGUGGACAAGAAGAAGCUGGAGCAGCUGUAUAGCAGGUACAAAGACCCACAGGAUGAAAAUAAAAUUGGAAUUGAUGGGAUUCAGCAGUUCUGUGAGGAUCUAAGCCUGGAUCCCACCAGUGUCAGCGCUUUGGUUAUAGCCUGGAAAUUCAGGGCAGCGACUCAAUGUGAAUUUAGCAAAAAGGAGUUUGUGGAUGGCAUGACAGAGCUUGGGUGCGACAGCACAGACAAGCUGAAAGCCCUUCUGCCAAGACUGGAGCAAGAGCUUAAGGACGCAGUGAAGUUCAAGGAUUUUUAUCAGUUCACCUUUUCCUUUGCCAAGAACCCCGGGCAGAAAGGUUUAGAUUUAGAAAUGGCUAUUGCAUAUUGGAAUUUAGUAUUAUCUGGAAGGUUUAAAUUUUUAGAUCUGUGGAACACCUUUCUGUUGGAACAUCACAAAAGAUCGAUCCCAAGGGACACUUGGAACCUUCUGCUAGAUUUUGGAAAUAUGAUUGCGGAUGACAUGUCUAACUACGACGAAGAAGGUACGAGAGGCUGCUGUGCUCCAGGGGCGUGGCCUGUUCUCAUAGAUGAUUUCGUGGAGUAUGCACGGCCAGUAGUCACAGGUGGCAAACAUUCAGGUGGACUAAGAUUAUGAAGCGAAGGGCAUCCGGCGAGGAGACAUUUGGUCAGUUGCUGUGCUCGUGUGUCGCUGAUGUCGGGAGUCGUCCUUGAAGGGUCCUGAGUGGGACGACCUCCUCACUCUGCGAAGGAAGGUGCCUGGAGUCCCUCAGAGGACGGCUGCCUCGGAGCGUCUGGGGAUGGGCCACGUAGCUGUCACUUUAGGAGAUUUCUGCAUGGUUUUUAUAUUUAUGGAAAAGUAGCCUGGAGCUGUUUGCGGGACAGCAGAGCGCACUGUUGGCCGUGGUUUGAAGUGGACAGAGCAGUCACCAUGCCCCGCCGAGUUACCCUAAUUACACUUGAAAACAGUGGAGGCGGUUGUAUUUUUAUACAAGUCAGGUCUGUUAAAAUGUGCGCUGAAGAAGAUCUUGUCGUGGGUUCUAAGGUUUUUUAAAGUUGAUGCCAGGAAUUCAAGCUAUAUAUUUUUUGAAUUAUCAAAUAUCUAGAUUUGCCAGAUUUAUUUUUGCUUUAGUUUCCUACAGACGGUCAUCUGAGAAUCACUCCAUGGUUUUAAUUCCCCGCUGCUGUUUGCACAGCGAUGGCACACAGGGUGUGACUCCGGGAGUUUUCUUUUCAACUGUUGACAAGUCAGCAGGCCUCUUUUACUUCUAAUAAUGUCAUUUAAACUUCCUAAGAAGUUUCAUAAAGUAUGCUUUUUUAAAAAAUGUAUUUUAUCACAUUUAAAAAGACUUUUUCCAUGAAAAAUAUUUAUGAGUGAUGAAUUAUAGAUUUAAAAAUCAAGUGAGUGGUUUUCUUUCGAUGUCUGAAUACCUUAAUGUCCCCCUCCAGCCCCUCGUGUGGCCGUAUACAGUGGAGCUAAAAUACACAUCACUGUCCAAAAAACCCCAAGCGGAAUCCUCCGCCUCUCCGGUGCAGCUGGGAGCAGAGGCUGUGCCGUCAGAGGCAGCCCGCCGUGCCGCCUGCUCUCCUCUCAGGAAGCUCUGAGUGGUGUUUGGAAAAUCACUGUGUGGACCCUACCUCAUGUUUAAGAGACCUCCACGUCACCAGCGUGCCUGCUGCCCGGCCUGCAGCCCAGGUCAUGAGACAGACUAACUGGGCUACUUCACAGGAGAGAGGAGAUGCACCUCAGAUUUCCUGUGACGGGUGCCUGAAAUGCGUCGUUGGAUUUGACUCCCAGAUGGAGAUUCACUCCGUGCUGCAGGAAGCGUCGGUGUCGCCGUGAGGUUUGUGUGCACCUGCUGUGUGUGGACUAGUGUGCCUCGAGAAGCAGUCUCUCAGGGCAGCAGGCCAUGGAGGAUUGGAAAGGGGGCUGGGGGCCUGGAGACCGCAGGCAAGGCUGCUGCAGGACGCACUAAGUCACGGCUCCCCCGGUCCCCGCUUCCACGGCUGCAAAGGGAGAAAGAUCGUCUCCGCCUGCAAGUCUGUGACUCUAAGAGAGCACUUAUUUUAUAUGAUAAAUCUGACUCUAAUAAAAACCUCAAUGUUAAAGCAUCCUUCAAGGCUUCAUGGAUUCUUGACGUGUAAGUGUUCUGUUCCGAGAAGGUUCUAGAACCCAGGUAAUCCUGUAUAGAUUAUGGAGGUCUGCGACACUUCUUAAGAUUUACAGUUUAUGGAGAAAAAGUGCUCUGCGGAGUUGUUUAUCGAUAGGUAUCCAAACAUUAGUAUUUGGACAAAGGCUCUUCAAAGACUCGUGGGUUUCUUUUCCUUCUGUUACACUCAUUUAAGUCAGGCAUGCUCUGAGAGUGCCGAGAACUUCAGAAACAUUAAAAUAAAUUAUUUUCUCUGGUGUCGU